GAAGAGAGGCGUGGCCUGGUCGCUGGCCCCAUGACGUUUCCGGCACGAUGGCUUCUGAUGGAGGUAGCCGGGGUUUGGAGCCGAAGAGGAAAAAGCGUCGGGAGCUGGAAGAGGCAGCGGCCGGGGGAGAGGAGCCGCCUCUGGUAGUGGCAGUGGCUCGAGAGAGGGAAGAAGAAGAUGAAGAGCGGUGGGUCGGGCCUCUGCCCGUGGAGGCCGUCCAGGCUAAGAAGCGCAAAGUUCUUGAAUUUGAACGAGUAUACCUUGAAAAUCUUCCCAGUGCUUCCAUGUAUGAACGCAGCUACAUGCAUAGAGAUGUUAUUACACAUGUCGUAUGCACCAAGACUGAUUUUAUUAUUACUGCUAGUCAUGAUGGACAUGUCAAAUUCUGGAAGAAAGUAGAAGAAGGAAUUGAAUUUGUUAAACAUUUUCGUAGUCAUCUGGGAAUCAUCGAGGGUAUUGCAGUCAGCUCUGAAGGAGCCUUAUUCUGUUCUGUGGGUGAUGACAAAGCAAUGAAGGUAUUUGAUGUGGUGAACUUUGACAUGAUCAACAUGCUGAAACUUGGCUAUUCUCCUGGACAGUGUGAAUGGAUUUAUUGCCCAGGGGAUGCCAUAUCUUCUGUUGCUGCUUCUGAGAAGAGCACAGGAAAAAUAUUCAUCUAUGAUGGUCGAGGAGAUAAUAAACCACUUCAUAUUUUUGACAAACUCCAUACAUCACCCCUUACUCAGAUACGACUAAAUCCAGUUUACAAAGCUAUAGUGUCUUCUGAUAAAUCUGGAAUGAUUGAAUAUUGGACCGGACCUCCCCAUGAAUAUAAAUUCCCCAAAAAUGUGAACUGGGAGUAUAAAACUGAUACGGACUUAUAUGAAUUUGCAAAAUGUAAGGCUUAUCCUACUAGCAUAUGUUUCUCACCUGAUGGAAAGAAGAUAGCUACUAUUGGUUCAGAUAGAAAAGUUAGGAUUUUCAGGUUUUUGACUGGGAAACUCAUGAGAGUCUUCGAUGAAUCAUUAAGUAUGUUUACUGAGCUACAGCAGAUGAGACAACAACUACCAGACAUGGAAUUUGGACGGCGGAUGGCUGUGGAGCGAGAGUUGGAGAAGGUGGACGCAGUGAGGCUAAUUAACAUAAUUUUUGAUGAAACUGGACACUUUGUGCUCUAUGGAACAAUGCUGGGCAUUAAAGUCAUCAAUGUAGAAACAAACCGGUGUGUGCGUAUACUUGGCAAGCAAGAAAAUAUUAGGGUGAUGCAAUUGGCUUUGUUCCAAGGGGUAGCCAAGAAGCAUCUCUCUGCAACUACCAUAGAGAUGAAAGCAUCUGAAAACCCUGUUCUUCAGAACAUCCAAGCUGACCCAACAAUAAUUUGUACAUCUUUCAAAAAGAAUAGGUUUUAUAUGUUCACCAAACGAGAACCAGAAGAUACAAAAAGUGCAGAUUCUGACCGAGAUGUGUUUAAUGAGAAACCAUCUAAAGAAGAGGUGAUGGCAGCCACUCAAGCUGAAGGCCCCAAACGAGUUUCUGAUAGUGCCAUUAUCCAUACAAGCAUGGGAGACAUUCACAUCAAGCUUUUCCCUGUUGAGUGUCCUAAAACGGUGGAAAACUUCUGUGUUCACAGCAGAAAUGGUUAUUACAAUGGACAUACAUUUCACCGUAUUAUCAAGGGUUUCAUGAUUCAAACUGGUGAUCCAACAGGUACAGGUAUGGGAGGUGAAAGCAUAUGGGGAGGAGAAUUUGAAGACGAAUUUCAUUCAACAUUGAGACAUGACAGACCAUAUACACUCAGUAUGGCUAAUGCAGGUGCCAAUACUAAUGGAUCCCAAUUCUUCAUAACAGUGGUGCCAACACCUUGGCUUGACAACAAGCACACAGUAUUUGGACGAGUAACAAAAGGAAUGGAAGUUGUGCAAAGAAUUUCCAAUGUCAAAGUCAAUCCAAAAACAGAUAAACCGUAUGAAGAUAUCAGCAUCAUUAAUAUUACUGUCAAGUAAAACCACAUUUUCAAGUCCAUUUUGAGAGUAUUAGUCAGUGAAAGAAAAAAUUUUAAAGCUCUAAGACAGAAUAACCUUCCAAACUAAUCAUGUAUCUCAAGUGCUCAAGAGUAUAUUUUUGUAUUUUAUUAAAAAUGA